AAUACCUGACUGGUUCAUAUAUCAAACCAGCUUGCUAAGUCCAAAGGAACCAAAAACCACCUAAGUUCAUAUUAAUACCUAAUAGUAAUAGAUUUUAAAUCAAUUGUGAAGAAGCCCCAAAAAAAAUUGAGUGGAUCCGAAACAAACCAGCUUGCUAAGUCCAAAGGUUAUCUCAUCUUUCAUAAACCCUCCUAGGCUAUACUCUACUGCAUACGCCUUCUCUGCUUUUUGUCUCACGCUUCACCUCUAUCCAUAUUCCCAAUGGAGCAAUCUCUCCGCCACUCUCUCUCCGAGAAAUCCUCCUCCGUCGAAUCCCAGGGUAACGCCGUACGCGCUCUCAAGGCCUCCCGCGCAGCGAAGCCUGAGAUCGACGCCGCAAUCGACCUCCUCAACAAACUCAAGCUCGAGAAAUCCACCGUCGAGAAGCAGCUCCAAUCAAUCAUCACAAGCUCCGGAAACGGCUCCCUCAACCGCGAGGCUUUCCGACAAGCCGUCGUCAACACGCUAGAGCGUCGCUUGUUCUACAUUCCUUCCUUCAAGAUCUACCGUGGCGUUGCUGGGCUGUUCGAUUACGGCCCUCCUGGCUGCGCCGUCAAAUCCAAUGUCCUCAGCUUCUGGCGUCAGCAUUUCAUUCUGGAGGAGAACAUGCUUGAAGUAGAUUGUCCAUGCGUGACACCAGAGGUUGUACUCAAGGCAUCUGGUCAUGUGGAUAAGUUCACUGAUCUUAUGGUCAAGGAUGAGAAAACUGGAACUUGUUACCGUGCGGAUCAUUUGCUCAAGGACUAUUGUACUGAUAAGGUGGAGAAAGAUCUCACCAUCUCUGCUGACAAAGCUGCUGAAUUUAAGGAUGUUCUUGCUGUUAUGGAAGAUUAUUCCCCUGAAGAGCUUGGUGCCAAGCUUAAAGAGUAUGGGAUCACUGCUCCCGACACCAAGAACCCUCUCUCUGAUCCUUACCCGUUUAACUUGAUGUUUCAGACAUCCAUCGGCCCAUCUGGUUUGAUUCCUGGUUACAUGCGUCCUGAAACGGCACAAGGCAUAUUUGUGAACUUUAAGGACUUGUAUUAUUACAAUGGGAGAAAACUUCCCUUUGCUGCUGCUCAAAUUGGUCAAGCCUUUAGAAAUGAGAUAUCUCCUCGUCAAGGUCUUCUAAGAGUUCGUGAAUUCACUCUGGCAGAAAUUGAGCACUUUGUUGAUCCUGAGAAUAAGUCGCAUCCUAAAUUCCCUGAUGUAUCAAAGUUGGAGUUCCUCAUGUUUCCAAGAGAAGAACAGAUGUCCGGCCAAUCUGCGAAGAAGCUUUGCAUUGGCGAAGCUGUUGCUAAGGGAACUGUGAACAACGAAACUUUAGGUUAUUUCAUUGGGAGAGUUUAUCUGUUCCUUACCCGCCUUGGCAUAGACAAGGAACGUCUGCGUUUCCGCCAACAUCUAGCAAAUGAAAUGGCCCACUAUGCAGCAGACUGCUGGGAUGCUGAAAUUGAGAGCUCUUAUGGAUGGAUUGAAUGUGUUGGGAUUGCAGAUAGGUCUGCCUACGACCUACGUGCUCACUCGGAAAAAAGUGGCGUUGCUCUUGUGGCUGAAGAGAAGUAUGCAGAACCUAAAGAAGUAGAGAAACUUGUGAUUAAUCCUGUGAAGAAAGAGCUGGGUCUUGCAUUCAAAGGAAAUCAAAAGAAUGUAGUUGAAUCUUUGGAGGCGAUGAAUGAGAAAGAAGCUAUGGAGAUGAAAGCAAGCCUGGAAUCAAAAGGGGAAGUGGAGUUCUACGUGUGUACCCUCGAGAAAAACGUGAUCAUCAAGAAGAACAUGGUGUCAAUCUCAAAGGAGAAGAAGAAAGAGCACCAGCGGGUGUUCACACCUUCAGUGAUUGAACCAUCUUUCGGGAUUGGUCGGAUCAUAUAUUGUCUGUACGAGCAUUGCUUCAGCACAAGGCCAAGCAAGGCAGGGGACGAGCAGUUGAACGUGUUCCGUUUCCCUCCUCUUGUGGCUCCCAUCAAGUGCACGGUUUUCCCGCUUGUUCAGAACCAACAGUUCGAGGAAGCAACCAAAGUGAUCUCUAAGGAACUCACUUCUGUUGGAAUCUCCCAUAAGAUUGACAUCACUGGUACAUCGAUAGGGAAAAGAUAUGCGAGAACUGAUGAGCUGGGAGUGCCAUUUGCAAUAACAGUGGACUCGGAUACAUCAGUGACGAUCAGAGAAAGAGACAGCAAAGACCAAGUCAGAGUUAGCUUGGAGGAGGCAGCCUCUGUGGUGAGCUCAGUCGCGGAGGGGAAGAUGACAUGGCAAGACGUCUGGGCUAGGUUCCCUCACCACUCUUCUGCUACUGCAGACGAGUAGCUUUAGCUCCUCCCACCAAAUGUUUCUUAUAGUUUUCUUUUGUUUUGUGAAAAUCGUUUGUUGGAUCUGCCCAUUUUGAUGUUUUUUUUAUACUGCCUCGGAAUAUAUUUCGAUACCAGAUUUGUAGAAACAUAAGUUACUUAACUGGUUAAACGUAUCAAAGAGAUGUGAUAGUCUGAGCCCA